AUGGCACCAAUUGCUCGUAGUCUUCGAUCAAAGGACUACACUGUAGCAUGGAUAUCGGCCAUACAGAAGGAGUAUCUGAUAGCCUGCGCUGUACUAGACGAAGAGCAUAACCAUCCAAUAGAUAUCGGCAAUGAUGACAAUUGUUAUACCUUUGGCAGUAUCGGGGAGCACAAUGUGGUUGUUGCAAGCCUACCAAUGGCCAGGAUUGGCAUCACUCAAGCAGGAAUGCUUGCUACAGAGAUGUUGCGAACAUUCCCGAAGCUACGAUUUGGGCUCAUGAUAGGCAUUGCUGGAGGUGCGCCGACGUCUAAGAAUGAUAUUAGGCUUGGUGAUGUGGUUGUGAGUAUCCCAGAUGACCAUAAACGCCUUGGGGGGGUUGUACACUAUGGGUUCGGGGCCACAGAUCAACGAAAGGGUUUUCAAAGGCGUGGAAAUCUUAAUGCACCACCAGAGGUCCUACUCAACGCGACAAACAAGCUCAAGACAAAGUACGACCGCCAAGGGCAUUGCAUCGAUCAUUUGAUAUCUUCGGUAAUCGAACAACACUCCCCCCGGCUUGACAAGUAUCAAAGACCCUCGGAAGAGACAGACGUGCUCUACAAGUCGACGUUUGUCCAUCCAGAAGGAGCCAGUUGUUGCAGCGAUGCCUGUUUUAAGGAUGACCAAGCUAAGUUAGAACGGCCCACGCGACCCAACGACGUUGAUGAGCCGGUCAUCCACUACGGCACUAUUGGCUCCGCAGAUAACUUGAUGAAGGAUGCAUCUCUUCGGGAUCAAUUGGCCUUGAGUGAUGGUAUCCUUUGCUUCGAAAUGGAAGCGGCCGGACUCAUGAAUAGCGACUUGCGGUGCAUCGUCGUUCGAGGUAUUUGUGAUUACUCCGACACACAUAAGAAUGAUGACUGGCAAGAAUACGCAGCGGCAGCUGCAGCGAUGUAUGCAAAGGAGCUGUUAGGUGUUGUACGUGCUUUGAAGAACCGUCGCGUUGGCACAUUUGGUGUGACAAAACUCCUCACUGGCAACAAGCCUGGUAAGUUUUCACCAUAUCAAAGCAUACAUGAGCUGAUAAAACUCCUAGAUGUCUUAGACACUUUGAAGUAUGAAGGUAUGUUUGACAAACGAGAGUACUCGAUGCCUGAGGCAAUUUACUACCAUGACUGGAUCUGGGAAACAAAUUUUCCGAAAUGGCUGUCCACUACCGAUCGACCAUAUUGGAUCAAUGGCAAACCAGGAUCGGGGAAAUCCAAUCUAAUGGCGUAUCUCGCGCAUUCCAGACAGACUAUGGCUCAACUGAAGCAACGGGAUCCAGCCUACUGGGUAGGACACUUCUAUUUCGACUACCGAGCAGGGAAAAACUUGCCAAACAACAUUAUUGGGAUGUACAGAACACUUCUUUACCAAUUAGGCGACCACAACGAGAAAGUUAAGGAACGGUUGACCACUUUGCUGGAAGGUGGACGGCUUCGGGUUGACAAUCAGCAAAAUCUUCUCGACGCACUAUGUGAAACCCUCGACCUGUCGGGAUAUAGGCUGUGCAUUUUUCUCGACGGACUUGAUGAGUUUGAAGGAGGUGUCAUCGAGGUUGUCCACCUAUGCAAGCUAAUGAUGCAACGAAUACCCAUCAAGUUCUGCCUAGCAAGCCGGCCCGACUCUCAACUCGCUAACACAAUUGAUUUGUGGGGACAACUCACGAUGCAAGACCUCAACGAAGCCAGCAUGAAGGAGUACAUUGAACGUAAAGUGUCGCUAGCGAGUGCAACCAACUCUACCAUCGAGUUACGAUUUGAUCCGAGACUGACAAAGUAUUUGAUACGCCGCGCCGAAGGCAUUCUGCUAUGGUUCAAAUUGGUCGUUGACAUGGUAGUUGAACAAUUCGACCAAGGGGCUUCUAACAAGGACAUUGUUGAUCUUGUACAAGAUGUCCCUGAUACCCUUGACGAGGUCUACGAGCGGAUUCUGGAUAUGAUACCGCUACGUGACCGACCAGAGGCAUCCUUGCUCCUGUUCCUCACAGGCAAGCUACAAUCAAUGUCCAAGUGGACCGAAGAAGGUAUUGCAUCCGACAUGGAUUUCUCAACAACAAAUUUGGAUCACUUCUGGGGGGCUUACGAUUUCAUAUUGGAUGAUGUUGGGCAACAGCUCGCGACGUUCAGACUAGAGAGCCACGAGGAGCUACAAGCACGUACAAGGCAACUCUUGCAAGGCCUGGUGGAGUUUUCGCCUUCAAGGGGCGGGGCUACAAUGAUAGAUCUUCUUGGAGAGACCGGAUUGAGCGUCCGAUACGUUCAUGAAACGUUUUCUGCUUUUAUUGGGAGAGAACGCUGGAUCGAGCGAUACCUCCCAGAAGUUAUUGGAAUUCGCUAUUCACAGUCAUUCUGGCUCGGGUUUUGUGCGAAUCUGAUCAAGCAGGCGGCUGAUGACAAUAUGAUUACACCGCAAAUCAUGGAUUCCGCGAGAGAGGAGUUGAAUAUGUGGUUCGAAGCGUGGUCGUUGGGCGACACGAGAAUCAGAACGUCUUCCAAAAAAGUGGUCCGCUGGUUCUCGCACCACGCGGUUCGCCCAUACUCGGUUGUGAUGGCUCUGCAUCGAGAAUUCUGCCCAUUGCUACGUUCUGGCGAGCACAGCAGUGGGCUCUCCAUGAUCUUGGAGGGACUUGUGGUUGCAGGUGCACCUGACGUCGAAUUUCCUACCGCCUGGAAACGCCGUCAUGUCGUGAUAAGGACGGCUGUCUUCCUUCUCCUCGACCUUGCAGUUAUACAUGAAGAUACGGGACAAUCAUCAUAUCCCAUUGUCUCACAAGCAAUGCGUUGCCACUUGAAUCCAAUAUUGGCCUAUUGCGUCUUCAUGAGUGGACGAGAGAGUAUUGAUAAGAAACUACUGACAAAGGUUCAAGGGGACAAGAAAUUAUUGCCAAUCUUGGACGCCUACCUGGCGGUCAAAGUAGGCUUGGAGUACUAUUUCCGUGACCGCCUAGCCGACUCGGCCAUCUCGGAGCAUCAACAGAACUUUUUGUUCAGAGCAAUACUGUCACACCCCACCGCGGGUCAGGGAAUCUCUGUGAGGGCAGUGACGGGAUUUCUGAAAUCUCUCGCAAGCUACGGGAGAUUCCCGCGGCAAGAUGAUAUUUGCUUUCUCUUGCGAAACACCAAGUGCUGGCAGACAUCCUCAGAUUUGGCCCUUGCACUCAUGAACCACGUGGCGCCGGAAACGUCAGAGGAAGUUGGGAACGAGCCUUGUUGCCGGUCUUCAGGAGACAACGCCGGACUCCUCUUUCAUUGGGCUCAGGUGACAUGUGAGCCUUCUUGUCGGUGCGCUCGCGGCUCAGUUCGACCAACGACGGACUACAGCAUGGUACUGCAACUCAUACUGGUUCAUGGCGGUAAUUUGCACACUAACUGUUACCGGGGAGGGACAGUAUUUCAGGCCCUUUUGGACCAUUCCAUUGAACCAAGAAGCGACCAUGGCCCCUUCGACAGAAAGGCAAAAUUCCUUGCUUUGGUUGAGCAAGGCUUGAAUCCUACAAUUCUCACUGCAAACGGAAAGGAUGCACUUCAAUAUGCUAUACACGUCUUCAACAGUGGCAGUUCCAGAUCUGGGCUGCACGAGAUUGAUUCUAUCAUUGGUUAUCUGCGAUAUUACGAUGUAUAUUCUAGAUGGCCAGAAGAAGAAUAUGAGACACUAGAUUUCUGUCAGUCCGCCAUUCAAGUUCAAUGGGUACCUGAGACAGGGCGUCGGGAGGGAGACUCUCUUCAAUCACGAGAUUCAGCACAAGGGCCCGGACGGGAGUCAGCACAGGAUACACCCCAAGAGUCGAGUGAUUUGUACGGUGAUGACGCCAGUGUUACAUCUCCCGAGCCGGAGAGCGCCGUCCGCCGUCGAAGAACAGAAGUGAAUGAUACAGAACAUUCACAAAACGAGGACCAAGGUACAGGAAGCUCUCCUGAACCCACAGCGCAGGCAGCUACGCGGCCACUGAGCGAAGAUUUUAGCAAAAAUGUAGGCAAAGUGGCAGAUGCCGUGGAGGAUCUGCUGAAAAUCACCACUGCCGAAGCUACAGUGACCAUGAAUAAAUGGAAGACAUCUCUCACAAGUAAUUGGAAGAAGCUGACGGAUUAG